UAUUUCUGGAAAAAAUGAUAUUUAUUGAUAUUGCUUUUGUGUUAUUCUCCCUAGUUGUAAUUAUAUUAGUGGUUUCUGCGACGCUGGUAGCAUUCUCUUGUGACUCUGUUGUCACACAGGCGAAUAAAUUGGAGACAAAUUGUCAUCAACUUAAAAGAACCUUCAUUUGGGAACCAAAAAUGAGAGAGGAAUUAGAUAAAUUGAUGUACCUAAUCAUAAAAAUGCCUCCUCACUUUUCCGCCGCUGGAUUCUUCGAAAUAAACAGAUCCACUCUACUGUCAGUCAUCAGCAGUGUCACCACUUAUUUCAUAAUUAUAACACAAUUCUUUAAAUUAUAG